CACUCCUAGCGUAUGACUUCCUUUACACUUUUACUAGAUUCUUUAGACUUGACGCAAAAGGCUUGUAUUCUUACCAUGUCAUAUGUUUUAACAGUGUUGUAAAGACUCUUAUGUAUCGCUGGGAGCAAUAUUUCGAAAUCCAAAUGGGAAUUCGGUGAUCGUAUCUGUAGUUCUCUAUCGCUAGUUGUUUACCUUUACGUCUUAGUUAGCAACCCCACAGUACCUUAGAAUAUAGGCAAUGCUAAUGCCUGAUCAGCUAUAGCUGUUUGCAAGGAGCCAUAUGAUAUUCAUUUGGUUGCCCGUGGUGGGGGUUCUUGAAACGUUAGAAGGAUUUGUCUUUAAAGAUCUCUUUCAGAAAUGGAAGAAGUUGAUAGGAUUUUAAUCCAUUCUCUAAGGCAAACUGGCACAGACAUAGAUGACGAUGUGCAAAGUAUCAAGCAAUUCUCCAGUGAGCUGAUAGUAGAGGCAGUUGUGCGAUGCCUGCGUGUGAUUGACCCAACCUUGGGCAAUGGCCUGUCCCCCUCACUGCCCCCUGGCAUGUCAGCCCGCUUCAGGGUGGGAAUGAGCCUGGCCCAAGCCUGCCAGGACUUGGGCUAUAAAGGAGAGAGUGGCUACCAGACGUUCCUGUAUAGUAAUGAACCUGAGAUCCGCUCACUGCUCAUGUUCCUCGUGGAAAAACUGCCUAGAGAAAGUGCGGAGGCCUUGGACCAGCCAGCAGGGAAGUCUGCUCUCCUUCAGAAAGCCAUCGCAGCCCAGAUUAAAACCCAGCUGGCCUUACCCUGGCUGCCCCCGUCCUGCAGGCUGUCCCUCCAUUGUAAGACACAGAGUUCAGGUCCAUGUCAUAGUUUCCAUGCCAUGCAGCUGAGUCUGCCAUACUCUCUGAAGGCACCCACCAAGAAACAGGCUAAAGAGGUGAAGGAGUAUUGGAGGGAGUAUUUGCUGCCUGUAACAUCCCAGCCUUCCCACCAUGCCUCGGUGCCUGCCUCUCUGCUAGAAAAUCAUGCGUCUGAACUCAGCGCAGCUCAGGAGUGGGAGAGCGAGUGGAACAGCCAAGGCCUUCUGUCCAGACUCACUCCUGAGGAGUACUGCUCAAGAAAAAGGGCGCGGCUACAAAAGCGAAUCGAGGAGCAGCUGAGGGCUGCUACCCAGCCCCGGCCUGACACACACAGCACCACUCGCUCAACCUCUGACCUCACUGACUUGCUGAACUCCUUCGGUGGGACCACCACAGGGGUAGACAUCCUGGCCAAAGGCACUCGUUUCACCCACUCUGAGAAGUUCACCUUCACGCAGGAGCCUGAGAAAGCUGCCCAACAGAUGGCAGCAGCAGCAAGUAUACUUCCCAGCUCGCACCAAUCAGAGGAGGACCUGAAAGCCAAGCAGGAGGUGGAGAUCUCCGCCCUCCAGGAGCAGCUGCAGCAGCUUUCGGUACAAAUGGAAGAGGUGGGCGGAGACAUCAGGCAGCUCACAGUGUCCAUUCAUCAGGUGUCCGAUGAGCUAAAACGGAGAGAGUUGAGCAAUUCUGAGAAGGAGGACACAGUCAGAGUGAAGAAACAGACCAUCAACCUUCUACCAGAUGCUGAGAACAACCUGGUCAAAUUACAGAGCCUGGUGGAGGCCAGCGCUAAGCGAGUCGUUUAUUUGGCCUCACAAUGGGAGAAACACAGGGCACCACUUAUUGACGAACACCGCCGUCUCAAAGAGCUGUGCAGUAACCGAGAGAUGGAGUCCUCCAGGAAGUUAUGUGAAAUCAAGGAUCUCCAUGAUAAAAUCCGGCAAUCUGCUGAGGAGGCCAAAAAAAAAGAGAGCCUGUAUAAGCAACUGAUAGCAGAGUACGAUACUUUGCCUAAAGAUGUGUCCCGUUCAGCCUACACAAUGAGGAUCCUUGAGAUCAUCAGCAACAUUAAGAAACAGAAAGAGGAAAUUACAAAGAUCUUGUCAGAUACUAAGGAGCUGCAGAAGGAGAUCAAUGGACUUACAGGAAAGCUUGAUAGGACAUUUGCUGUAACGGAUGAACUGGUUUUUAAGGACGCUAAGAAAGAUGAGUCGGUUCGUAAAUCUUAUAAGUACCUGGCUGCCUUACAUGAGAACUGCACCCAGCUUAUUCAGACCAUUGAGGAUACUGGCACCAUAAUGAGGGAGAUCAGAGAUUUAGAGGAACAGAUUGAGACCGAGCAUGGUAAAAAGACGGUUAGUAACCUGGAGAAAAUUCUGGAAGACUAUAAGGCUAUUCGACAGGAAAACUCUGCACUAGCUGCCAAGAUCAGAGAAGGCCAAGUCUAACAUGGUGGUGUUUGCUUGUACUUCAGAUACUGAUUGGCUGUUGUGGUAUAGCUAGUGGCAUUCCAUCUCCAAGGUUAUAAGCCUUACAUCAUCUCUUUAAUAAUGUCUUGAUCCACAUAUCUACAACACUGCUUGUUUGCUGGAGAUGUGGACACAGCAUUCUUUUGCAUCAAAAUGACACAAAUUUAGUAUGUCGUGAAAAUGUUAACUGAUACUAACCCUAGCCAUCUGAAUGAGAUGCUUGUUUUUUUUUCAUUCUGCCAUGACUGCAGUGGUUCAAGGAGAACUAGUAGUUACACUUUUCCUUGUACAAACAGCAAGUUUUGCAUAAUACACAGUGAACGUUUGUGUAGAUAAAAGUGUCUAUUAACUGUGACAGCUAAUUUUGUACCAGUCACAUCUGUUCACAAGAACUUUGGAAAACGGUCAGUUUGAAAUUGAGAAUUUGUCAGAUUUUUAAUGAAAACACUGUAGUGUCUUGCACAUGAUUUUGGAUGGUGAAGUUGCAAGUAAUGACCCCAAACCGGUUUCUGUAAUGUAAACAGAAAUUUACAUUUUAAAACGAUUCAUUGGUGAACAAUUUAUCAUGUCUUCAGCUGUCAAACUGAAAAUGACUGUUUAACCAGGCAACUCCAGUAACAUCCCAGAGGAGGUGAAAUGUAAAGUGGAUCAUUACUGGUCCAACAGAGUAUUUUCCAAAAGCACGAUUUGAGAUGAAGCCAAUACCAAUGCAGUUAACUUGUCCAGACAUUUUGUUCCUAUUUGAUGUGCACUGUCUGUAGUAGAAUUAAUUGAUUUGAAACUAUUGGAGAACUUUUGGCCAAUGUAAGGAAACUGAGGUAAUGGACAUUUUCUACAGUAUGGGUUAGACACAUCACUAUUUCUUUUUAUACUAUGAUCCAAUGAUUGUCUCUCAUUUGAUUAAAGAGAACGCAGUUGGGAGUGUAAAAGUGUUGAUUAAACGUAUUUCCACUUU